AAUAUGAAUUAAUGUCUAUAUGAAUAUCAAUUACAAACAUAUUGUAUUCUUUGUACUAGUUUUUUUAGAACCUGCUAAUUGAAAUGUAAUUGUUUUGGUCAGGUUGUUCAGGAAAAGUUAGGAGUUCAAGCUGAGGCAGGUGAGGUUGCAGGGUCUCCAGAUCAGGCUACUGAGGCUAGGUCUCCUUUAGAAGAUGGAAGAGGGAAGCAUAGCAAUAGGUAAUGCGCUAUGGAUUCCAGCCUGGAUUAUUUCACUAUAGCAGUGCUCUAAACAAUCUUCUAAACAUUAACAUAGAGUAUCGAAUGGAUGAAUAGCGAAUUCUGAAACAAAAAUAUAGAAAUGUUUAUUACUUUUAAACAAAAUGAUGGUAAUUAAGCUGUCCAACUACAACCUGAGCAUUGAGGACUGAGUGCCGAUUACCUUCCCCCUCCCACCGGACGGCACUGGCCUAAUUCUCGCCGCCCUACAGGACCCCCCGGCCACAAACGGCAAUGGCGUGACCGGGAUUUGUACCCCGGUUAUAGCGACACAGUUGCACUCUAAGGCAGGUCCCUAGACCAUUGAGAGAAUACAAGUUCAACAACAUCUUGUUGUCUCCUUACAGGCCACAUCGGAUACAUGCUACAGUGAAAGAGGGCAUCAAGGAGCACAUUUUAUCUUUCCCAAGAACCCAGAACCACUACUCUCGGAUGAAGGGGGAUGUACACAGAGAAUACCUCAGCCCUGAUCUGAAUUUGUUGCGAAUGUACCGACUCUACAAAGAGAAGAAUACCACAUCAUCUGCAAAAUUCUGGGUUUAUAGGGACAUUUUCAAACAGCAGAGUCUCAAUUUCGGCCAACCCAGGAGUGACACCUGUGGCAAAUGUGACGCAUUCUUCACUAAGAUGUCAGCAGCAACAUCUGAAGAGGAGAAGAGGAAGAUUGCAGUUGAAAGUGAGUUGCACCAUCGAAAAGCCGAAAAGGCCUACACACAGCUUCAAAGUGACACUGAGUGGGCUAAAGCCAAUGCUGACUGCCAUGUCAUUUCUGUGGAUCUACAGGGGGUGAUGUACACCCCUAAUCUGACCCACUCCAAUGUCUACUACCAGCGGCAGCUGUCAAAUUUUAACCUUUGCAUCCAGGAACUUGGAAAAGAAGAUCCUGCAUACAUGUGUGUUUGGCAUGAGGGGAUUGCACACCGAGGUUCCAUUGAGGUAGCAAGCUGCAUAUUGAAGUGGGUGAAGACAAAAUUCACGCCACUCCCCAAACCAGAGGUGCGCAAGUUGAUCAUCUUCAGUGACAGAUGCUGUGGGCAGAAUAACAACUGGCGGAUGCUCAAUCUGAUGUCGAUGCUCAUCUCUAUGGGUUACUUUACCCAAGUUGAGCAGAAGUUCAUGGUCUCUGGUCAUUCUUUUCUUCCUUGUGAUCGAUCUUUUGCCACCAUUGAGAAGAGGCGCAAGGUGUCAGUCCUUCAUACACCUGAUGAUGUUUCAAAGAUGAUACUUGAAGCACAACCAGCAAAACCAUUCAAGGUGAUGAGGAUGCAAUGUGAAGACUUCAGGCACCUUCCAGAUUCUGUCCUCAAGCGACCAGCUGGACUACAGAUCACCUCAGUGAGGUGGUUAAAAGUCACAGGUAUUGGGAAAGGAAUCGAUCGCAAACAUUGGCUCAUUCUAAGAUCCGAUGACAGUAUAUCACAGUUGAGGAUCCUUGGAAUCUGUACGCCAGACAGAGCCACAGUCUAUUUGAGGGAUGGAAAUCGUGGCUGAUCUCCAAACCAAAACAAGGAGCUACACCUCAACCUCCCUAUUUUGCAAGCCACUACCCUAGAGCAUAUGAGAGUCCUCUGCCCAUCAAAAAAACAAGUACCAAGAUCUGAUGACCAUGCUCAACUACUUGCCAGCUGCUGCACGCUCUUUUUAUAAAUCACUGCAGAGUGAAUAAUUUGAUGUUAAACCAAGCUACAUAAUUAACCGUUUUUUCUGUGAGUUUAUGAUCCCCUGAACCUGUAUAGUAUGUUGAAUCUGAAUACAUUUCAGAAAACAUGUCACCCCUAUUGUAGGAAUUUUCUAUGUGAAUCAAUUUGUGUAUGAUUUCAACCAGCACAAUAUAUUGAAUUAAUUUAAUUUUAAGAUGUUGUUCCUAGUGUAGAAAAUGUUAUGUACAAUGUGUUCUGUUGAGAAUGAUUUUGUGUGUGAUCAUUUGAACCUUUUUUAAAUCUGAAUUAAUUAAAAACAAACAAGUCAUCA